UCCUGUACGGCACCAUGACACUGGAGUUAGGGGGUCAGGUGACCAUCGCCUGUGAGAAGACAGGAUACAGUUCUCAGCUGGAAUUCAAACUAAAGCCGUUCCUGGGCAGCAGCGAUUGUGUCAAUCAGGUGUGCGGCAAGAUCAAGCUGGGCAAGGAAGUGUUGGCCACGCUGGAAGGACACUGGGACAGUGAGAUCUUCAUCAACGACAAGAAGACAGGAACAGUGGACACCUUCUGGAACCCUUCACCCGACCUGAGGCAGAGUCGCCUCACCCGCUGCACCGUACCACCUGAGGAGCAGGGGGAGUUUGAAUCUGAGAGAUUGUGGCAGCAGGUGACGCGCGCCAUCGUCAACAAGGACCAGACAGAAGCCACCAACGAGAAGUUCAUCCUGGAGGAGAGUCAGAGGAAGUGUGCACGGGAGAGGAAAGCCAAAUGUGAAGACUGGAUGCCCGCUCUGUUUGAGCAGGACUCCAUCACUGGAGAGUGGCAUUAUAAAUAUGCUGACACAAGACCGUGGGACCCCCUCAACGACUUGAUCCAGUUUGAAAAGGAGGGCUGCAUCCAGACCAAGGUCCGACACCGCACCCCCAUGGUGACGGUGCCAAAGCGCAAACACAAGAGUGACAAACCUAAAAGCCCAGAAAGUGGCUGCUCUUCCCCUGAACUUGACCGCCAGGACUCCUCUGGAAGCGAGCGACACAAAAGUAAACACAACAGUCGUGUGCGUAAGAAGGGAACUGACCUGAGUGAACUACAAAAUGCCAUCGAGUCCAUCAAGCGGACACAGGAGGACAUUAACAGGAGUAUGAGCGCGCUGCGAAGUCGCACCGCGGGCCGAGCGGAGGGCGCCUCCUUCCUGCAGCAGCGGGAUUACAUCAUCAUGGUGGCUCUUAUCCUCCUGCAGGUUCUCAUCCACUACGUCUUCAAGUAGCAGCCGUGACACACCUGGCUCAUCACGUACUCCAAAUGUGGCUUGCGGACUCUUUUUUUUUUGGGGGGGGGUUUCCCUCUUCUAGCCACAAAUUCAUGACAGCGUCUUCAAUUUAUUUGAAUUUCGCCCCAAAACUUUAAACAAAAUACAUUUUUAUUAAGCACUCAAAUCCAAAAUACUCCACAGAUUUUUAAGUGGACAUCACGGCCGUUUUUAACGGGAGAGGAACUACUUUGUUGCUGUUAUUUACCUGGAACCACACACAC